GUGUGGUACUUACAGGGGAUAGACAAAAUGAUCGGGACAGGCAAAGUUUUUACUUUUCAAAAAAUGUUCAAUUAGCUGUAACUUUUCGAAACGUGCAUCAAUUAUUCUCAAAUUUUCACUGUAAGUUAAUCAACUAACUGUGUAUCAGUGGACAAAAUUUGGAAAAGAUCGAACUAUUCUACACGAAGUUAUAAAGAUUCUAGAAAAAUAUAUAAUUAGCCGAUAGCCAACUUUGAGCUGUUAUAUCUCCGGAUUUAAUGAACCGAAUGCAAUGAAAUUUUGACUAUUUAUGACUUAUAUAAUGAGCUUUGAAAAACUUUUGACACAUCUACAAAUUCUUAACACGGAAGAAAAUUAUUACGCAGAGAUUAUUUUUCUAAUAAAACACCAAAUUUUCUCAAACUUCAACAUCGUUUCAAAAUUCAAGAUGCUAAUUAUAGCUCAUUUAAAUUCCCUCUAAUUGUCUUGAAUAUAAAUAUGUUUUGAAGGAAAGUAAUAACAUAGCCUUCAAUUAUUUGAAAAAGUAAUGGGAUGCAUAUUAAAAAUAGACCAAUUUACUAAAAAACCAUAAAAUAAAUAAAAUCGCUAUAACUUUUUCUCUUGAUAACAAUUUAAAGUUGUGUCAAACGUUUUUCAGAGCUCAUUAUAUAAGUCAUAAAUGGUCAAAAUUUCAUUGCAUUCGGUUCAUUGAAUCCGGAGAUAUAACAGCUCAAAGUUGGCUAUCGGCUAAUUAUAUGUUUUUCUAGAAUCUUUAUAACUUCGUGUAGAAUAGUUCGAUCUUUUCCAAAUUUUGUCCACUGAUACACAGUUAGUUGAUUAACUUACAGUGAAAAUUUGAGAAUAUGUGAUGCACGUUUCGAAAAGUUACAGCUAGUUGAACAUUUUUUGAAAAGUGAAAAUUUUGCCUGUCCCGAUCAUUUUGUCUAUCCCCUGUACCAUUGGGAGUCGUCGUCCAUCCAAAGAAGCCGGAAAAAGUGAGAGUAGUUUGGGAUGCGGCUGCGACAGUCCGAGGCGUUUCUCUCAAUUCCGUGUUACUAAAAGGACCUGAUUUGCUAACAUCUCUCCCGGCGGUACUUAGUCGAUAUCGCCAGAGACAGGUGGCCAUCGGUGCGGAUAUAAGAGAGAUGUUCCACCAAGUAUUGAUUCGCCCGGAAGAUCGUCACGCGCAACGGUUCCUGUGGCGGGACAGUCCUUCGCUUCCAAUACAAGUCUUUGUUAUGGAUGUGGCUACAUUCGGAUCGUCGUGCUCUCCGUGUUCACUGCAAUUCGUGAAAAAUUUGAACGCGGAAGAACAAGCGGAUGAAUUUCCGAAGGCGGCCGAGGCGGUGAAGACAAGCCACUACGUCGAUGACUAUUUGGACAGCGUGGAUACAGUCGACGAAGCAGUGCAACUAGCGGAAGAUGUAAAAACCGUUCACGCCAGAGGAGGGUUUGAAAUUCGGCACUGGCUGUCAAAUUCAUCGGAAGUAAUCGAGCGAAUCGGAGAAUGCAGCAGUGAAUCAAGUAAAUGUUUCCUGAAGGAUAAGUGCAGCGGCACAGAACGCAUCUUGGGAAUGACUUGGCAACCAACGGAGGAUGUUUUGUCGUUUUCAAUUCAACUACGUGCUAAUCUGCAGUCUUUGAUAACCGAAGCUGUAGUUCCGACGAAACGGGAGGCCUUGAGUCUCGUAAUGAGCGUCUUCGAUCCUUUGGGAUUGGUAGCUGUGGUUCUGGUUCAUGGGAAAGUGCUGCUUCAGGAUGUGUGGAGAGCCGGCGUCGAUUGGGACGAGACCAUUCCGACGAAUCUGCUCGUCCGCUGGAAAGAAUGGAUUCAGACGUUGAAACAGCUUGAAGUCAUUAGAAUUCCUCGUUGCUAUUUCUCUGGCUACGGUCAGCAAUCGUAUGAUUCGCUGGAAUUACACAUAUUCGUCGACGCCAGUGAAUCAGCAUAUGCAGCUUGCGCGUAUUUCCGAGUGGUAGACUACGGCGUAGUUCGUUGUUGUCUUGUGACGGCGAAGACAAAAGUCUCUCCACUUAAACCGCUAUCCAUUCCACGGCUUGAGCUGCAAGCUGCAGUGAUGGGAGCACGCCUUAUGAAAAGUGUCAUUUCUAACCACACACUGAAGAUACACCGAAAAGUGCUCUGGAGCGAUUCCACUACGGUGCUUUCGUGGUUGAGAUCCGAUCCUCGGCGCCACACGCAGUUCGUGGGAUUCAGAAUCGGAGAGAUCUUGGAAACUACGGACGUCGAAGAUUGGAGAUGGGUCCCGACGAAAUGUAACGUCGCAGACGAAGCCACCAAAUGGGGAACCGGGCCCAACAUUGAAUCAAAUAGCCGGUGGUUCAAAGGGCCAAAGUUCCUUUACGAGCAAGAAGAUUACUGGCCUCGGCGUGAACUACCAUUAAUCGAGUCAACAGAGGAAUUGCGAAUUGUGAAUGUGCAGGCUCAUGUCAGCGUAGAUCAAGUAGUCAACUUCCAGCGGUUUUCGAAGUGGGAGCGGUUAUUACGUACUUUCGCAUUCGUACGACGCUUCUACGAAAACUGUCAGCGGAGGACAAGGAAUGCGCCAACAUAUUCUACCUCACACUUUAGUUCCGAAGAACUGAAGAAUGCGGAGUUCGCUGUCUGGAGAUUGGUUCAGCUAGAAACAUAUCCGGACGAAUUUGGCUUGCUGCUGAGAAACUGCCAUAUCCAACCGGCACAACAGCAGAAGGUCAAGAAAAGUAGUCCACUCUACACCAAAGCUCCAAUGAUCGGUGAAGGAGGACUCAUUCGCAUGGAACGUCGUAUGCGACACGCAGAAUGGAUUUCCAACGACGUGCAGUUUCCAGUGAUUCUCCCAAAAACCAACUAUGUGACAUUUCUUCUGGUCGAUUGGUAUCACCGCAAAUUCAGACAUGCAAAUGGAGAAACUGUCGCGAAUGAAGUUGUGCAGAAAUACUCUAUUCCGGCACUACGAGUAUUAGUGAGGUCCGUUCGUGCUCGCUGUAACUGGUGUCGUGUCUACAGGGCGAAACCGCAAACGCCACCAAUGGGACCCUUACCAGCUGUACGGCUAACCCCGUACGUACGUCCUUUCUCCUUUGUCGGGUUGGACUAUUUCGGGCCAAUUACAGUGAGGAUUGGCCGAAGCAAUGCAAAACGAUGGGUAGCACUCUUCACAUGCUUGACGGUUCGUGCGAUACAUUUGGAGUUAACUAUGAGUCUUUCCACUGAGGCUUGUAAACUGGCCAUCCGGCGCUUCAUUGCGCGUAGAGGAGCACCGACCGAAAUUUAUUCCGACCAAGGCACGAACUUCCAAGGAGCCAGUCGGGAACUUCAAGAAGAGAUCGCCGUCAUCAAUGACUCUCUUGCGGGAACUUUUACGAACGCAACGACGCAGUGGAAAUUCAAUCCUCCUUAUGCACCGCAUAAGGGGAGGCCCUGGGAAAGGCUUGUUCGGUCCGUCAAAGCGGCUCUAAAUUCCACAGGGGUGAGCAGAAAUCCGGACGACGAAACAUUGAUGACGGUAUUAGCAGAGGUAGAGGGUAUGGUGAACACUCGCCCACUAACAUAUAUGGCGUUGGAGAAUCCGGAGCAGGAAGCCCUAACUCCGAACCAUUUCCUGCUCUUGAGUUCUUCCGGUGUACAUCAACCAGCAGUGUCAGCAGCGGACCCUCGCAUGGCUUUACGAUCAAACUGGAAUCUGGCACGCUCGAUGUUGGAUCGGUUUUGGGCCCGGUGGAUCCAAGAAUACUUACCGGUUAUCUCGAGGCAAACCAAAUGGUUCGGCAAUGUCAGAACCUUGGAAGUCGGUGAUCUGGUGAUCAUAGUACAAGAUAACAUCCGGAACAGUUGGACAAGAGGGAAGGUGGUCCGCGUUUAUCCUGGAAAGGAUGGCCGCGUUCGCAAAGCAGACAUACAAACUUCUGCGGGUAUAGUUCAACGGCCGACGACCCUGCUCGCUGUCCUACAUGUUCAAGAGCCUGAUCAGUGUAUAGCAGAAGAAACUUCGUGCAAUACGGGCGGGGGCGUGUUGGCAACACGGGAACAUCGCUUUCCAGCAGGGAUCGAUAUUGGCCGAGUGACAGAUCCCGUGACAGACAACUACAACGAAAUGAUUGGGGAUAAGGGAAAACGUCAAACACUUAGAACAAACUGAAGACAGAACAAGUGGACAAACACGUUAAAAUUUAUCUUUUUCUCUUAAAUUCUAAUAUUGGUUGAAUUCGAUUAAAACUUAAACUGUAUACACUAAUCUAUUAUCAACCUACAUCUAAUUGUUAUCGUACGACGGGGAACAUAUGUACACGUGAGGACUAAAAUUGUAAGUCUACAAACCUAAAUCUAGCUUAAACCCUAACUAAAUGCUAAUAUAUUUUAGCUUG